AUGGCUCCUACUACCCGCAAGAAAGCUCAAGCUACCAACAACAACACCCAAACCAUGAACGUCGUGACUGUUGAAGCUGAUAUGCCGGCCGGAGGUGUCGCGAACCGCAAAUACAAGGACGACGACCCGUUUGAACGUGUCUUCGAUCCUCUUAUCGAUGUUCCAUCCUCUGAUCAUGACUCCGACCAUUCUGAUUAUGAGGCUGAUAAGAAGAAACGCAAGAGAAAGAGCGAUGGUGAUCGUAAUGGCAAAUCCAGGCGACGAUUCACUCGUCCUCGUCCUCCGCCCCGCCAUGCUCUCCAGGAUCUCUCAGAUGACGAAUUUGCCACGAACGACAAUGCAUCUGAGGAGGAAGAGGACGGUGGUCUCUGGGCUGUCGAACGUCGAGCUGGUGCGAACAAGACCGAUGAGGAGGAGAACAAACUCUCAAAGGCUCUGAGCGUUGAGGUUGUCGGUGAAGGUGGCGUCAAGACAGUUAUCAACCUCAACCUGGCUGAUCUCUUGAAGAAUUUGGGUGCUACUUCCUGGACUUUGUCUGCCGCACCACAAGCCAAACCUGCUGAUGUCACCACUGAGUCUUCCGAGGUCACCCCUGAGUUUCCCACGGUCACCGCAACGGUUCAGAAGAAGAAACCCGGCUUCCUUGACCUGCCCAUGGAGCUUCGCUUGAAGACAUACCGAUUGCUAUUCCGUGACGACAAAGCCAUCGAGUUCGAUCGCCGCGAUUUCUCACACUCUUCUCACUUUCUCCGCACUUGCAAAACUGUUCUCCGAGAAGGCAGAGAGGUCCUCUAUGGUGAGAACUCGUUCCACUUCUCCCGAGAGAUUGCUAUUCGCGGUCGAUACUACGAGAAGGCCUGGAAAGAGGUCGGUUACAAAGAUGUCAGACGAUUCCUUGAAGACAUUGGACCUGUCAACAUCUCUCACUUCAAAUACGUCUCAUUUGUGCUCACCGAUGGAGCGGACAAUCGUACCAGAACUUCCACCCAGAUUCCGGAACGCAAGUUUGUGCAUGACCCUCACCUGCAACAGAUCUUUCGUCUUAUUGGACGCAAUGUCACCUUGAAGACGCUCGCAAUCCAGUUCGCUGGCCGCGCCUGCGUUUCCUCCAACGACUUUCACUUCCUGAAAGCCCUUACCGAGAUCAAGUGCUACAACUUUGUCACCAUCUAUCGCUACAGAGGGCUGACCAACAAGUGCUUUGCUGAUCUCAAGGAAAAGAUGAAGCAGGUCAUGCGUGUGACCGAUGAGAAUGGAGAUGGUGUCGACCCGAUGGACUGUAAACAUAGGGUGAAGAUGGUGUAUGAGGGGUUCAUCCCAUCAUUUCCCGUACUGUUGCAUUACGUGUCUGACUGGUAA